UACGACACUUUCAACACACCCACCCACAUACACACACACACACACAAACCAUCCACAACCAACAAGAUGCCUGCCACCGUCUACGUCAAGAACAUUGCCGCCGCAACUGGCGAUGCUGAAAUCAAGGACUUUUUCAGCUUCUGCGGCAAGAUCAACGACAUCAAGGUCACCACCGAGGGCGAGACGAAAAGCGCAGAGGUCAUCUUCGAGAAGGAGACGGCCAUGAAGACUGCCCUGCUGCUGAACAACACACAACUCGGCCCCAACCACAUCACCGUGUCCAGCGCCACUGGCGACUCCGAGGAUGACGGCUCGCACUUUGCCCACUCGGGCAACAAUACGGACGAGAUUACGCAGGAGAUGAAGCCGCGCACCCGCAUCCUGGCCGAGUACCUUGCCCACGGGUACGUUGUUGGUGAUGCUGCGAUUCAGCGCGCCAUCGAGCUCGACCAGAAGCACGGCGUCUCGUCGCGCUUCCUCAGCACCAUCCAGGACCUCGACAAGAAGUACCAGGCCACGGACCGCGCCAAGACGGCCGACCAGAGCUACGGCAUCACCCAGCGCGCCGGCAACUUCUUCAGCGGCCUGAGCAGCUACUUUGAAAAGGCCAGCAACACCCCCACCGGCAAGAAGAUUGCCCAGUUCUACCUCGACGGACAGCGACAGGUGCAAGAUAUCCACAGCGAGGCUCGGCGGUUGGCUGAUCUGAAGAAGGAGGAGCACGGCGGCAGCGCGUACAAGGCUGCUGGCCUCGAUAAGGUCUUUGGCAAGCAGCAGGAGAAGGAAAAGGAGCAGCCCAAGGAGCAGGAGAAGGAGCAGCCCAAGGAGCAGGAGAAGGAGCAGCCCAAGGAGCAGGAGAAGCCUGGCGACGCCAGCUAUGCUGCCGCCGCUGCUCCUGGCGGCGACUCAAAGACUGCUUAAAGGAACAUGGAGCGUGUUAAAUCCCGUGGCAUGCCGCGCAUGAUGUUAUGAGUUAGGGAGAUACGUGUUUACAGUAUUCACGCAGUUGCAUGGAUUUUCUCGUCAAAAGGGUUUACGGAUUCAAAUCGCAGGCAUGGGAUAGUUUAGCGGUGCAAUAAUUGAUGCUGUCAAUUGACGAAG